AAAACUCGAGCCAGGCCGCCGAGCUAAACCCUAAGGAGGAGGAGGUGAGUGAAAAAAUGGCGGUUCCGCUGUUGAAGAAGGCGAUUGUGAAGAAGAGGGUCAAGCAGUUCAAGAGGCCCCAAUGGGACCGCAAGAUCUGCGUCAAGACCAACUGGAGGAGGCCUAAGGGUAUUGACUCUCGUGUACGAAGAAAGUUCAAGGGAGUUACUCUCAUGCCCAACAUUGGUUAUGGUUCUGACAAGAAGACUCGCCAUUAUCUUCCCAAUCAUUUCAAGAAGUUUGUUGUGCACAAUGUCAAGGAGCUAGAAGUUCUGAUGAUGCACAAUAGGACCUAUUGUGCCGAGAUUGCACACAAUAUCUCCACAAGGAAGAGGAAGGAAAUUGUUGAGAGAGCCGCCCAGCUUGACGUUGUUGUCACUAACAAGCUUGCUAGGUUGCGUAGCCAAGAGGAUGAAUGAGCUUUUUUUAGCCAUGUUUUGUAGUGGUUCUUUUGUUUUGACCUGAAAAAUGAGUUGUAGACAAAUUUUUAAUACUCAUUAUUGAAUAACUACUCUGGCUUAUUACUGUGUUGUGAAAUCUUACACAAGGUUUCCAGUGUUUGAUUCA